UAAAAGACAAGUUCUAUUUGUUGACCCAAAAGAGCCGCCACAAUUGGUUGUGUCCGAGCGUCCCACCUCUGUGUCCCGCGGGAGAGACACUAAACUAAAGCCUGGUGUAAGUCGGGUGACGGUCAGACAGACUCUGGCAGAGAUAUUGUGAGGAUGGAAGCAGGACGCCUCUGUAUUGAGCGAGCAGUGGCUCGUUUCAUCAUCAUGGCAAACACCUCGGCUCUGAGCCUGAACUCCAGCGUCUCUGGGUGGCGUCGUCCGCUGUGGUACCAGUAUGAAGUGUGUGUGGAAGCUCCUCAUUGGUUCAUCUUCUACUUUGGAGUCAAAGUAUUGAACCUGGUUGCAGGCGUUCCCCUGAACGCACUGGUGUUGUGGCAGAUUCUGAGGAAGAAGAGCGAAGGCUCAACAUCCGAUGUCUUCAUUUUCAACCUCUCUAUCCUGGAUGCCUAUUUCGGCCUCAUGACGCCGGUGGAUAUGGUCAACCGGCUGUACUUCAACAACGCGUCCGUCUGGUACUCCCAGCGUUUCGCCUACGGGCUCAAAGACGUGACUCCGUUGUUUCUCACCUGUAUUUGUCUGGACAGGUACAUCGCUGUGGUCCAUCCCAUCCUCUUCACCGGGACCCGUGACACUCGCAUCCGGAUCGGCGUCUCGGUGCUGGUCUGGGGACUCAUCCUAGCCUACUCUCUGACCAAAUGCAUCUUAGGCAUCCUGAGCGUGAACGAGGUCUUCAGCGGCGUCAUCCUCUCGGCCUUCUUCAUCAUGGUGUUCUGCAACCUCUCCAUCAUCUGGGUCCUCAGGAAGAGUGUCGCAGGGAAAGAAGUCAUGAACCCGGUGAAGAAGAAGGCCUUCAAAAUGGUGCUUAUCAUCCUCGCCAUCAUCGUGGUGAACUAUCUGCCUCCUGUGGCUCUGCUGCCGUUUGCUUCCACCUUCUCUUUCGUGACGCUGCACUGUAGGGUUCUUCUCGGCGUGUUCUCCAUCAUGGACCUGAGCUGCACCAUCGAGCCUUUGCUCUAUAUCUCUAAGAUGGAUCGAUCUGUGUUCUGUCAAUGCCUGCAGAGUCCCUCUAAGAAAUCCAUCACCGUGAGCGUCUGAAAUGAGUGUCUGAUGUUAUGUGCGUGAUUCUUGACUCAGUGUAUGUCUAAUCCAGUAGUUCUCAACUGGUGCGUCUCAGGUCUGCUGUGAUUGGUCACUGAAAAAGGGAAAAAUACUGUUAAAUGCAAAAGAGUAAACAUAUAAUCAUUAUUACAGAUAGACUCAUCAACCAAAUAAGAGAAAACACCUUCCAUUCUUUUGCUACUGAUGUCCACUGAUACUAUGUCCAUCAAACUCUACAGUAUUUUGGCACAAAUUCAUCCAACCACAGUAAGAUUUAUCUUAACUAGGGUAAAAAUCAAAUUAUACUUAUGGAUCAA